CAGCAGACUUCAGUCUUCUCACGAGGUCCGGCGCGAGAGGUUGUGUACGCUCGUGUGUCCGUGGAAGCGUGUGAGAAGAACACGUUUACUCUAAUGUACGGAGGUGACAUUGCCUGAAGAAACCUCCCGGGAUACAAAGCAACUCCCCUCUGUCUGUCUGUGAACAAGUUGGACGAGUAUUCCUCAGCAAAAUACAGGUGAGACGCUGAGGAGCAAACGCCCCCUGAUCAACCUUCCCACCCUUCGUCUCGUUUCCCAUAUACACCUCGAGACAAACAGGACCACGGUAACCAAGGGAUUCGUCGGUCUAUCAGUGUUGCCAAUGCCGUGAAGAUAGAAAACAAAAGGCUCUGAAUCUCACGUGCUGUCAGGUGUGAGGUGCAAUGGAGGCCGGUUUGGACGUAAAAGCUGAGGAUGAUGGCUCCUACCUCAUCAACAAUGAGACCUACAUCAGCAAGAACUUGGUCUACAGAGAUUACGAGUGUGCGGACCGAGGCAUGCUCCUUCCCCUGUGGUCGGAGUACACGUGGCCGUCGGAGUUGCGCGCGUUCCUCUACCUGCUGGGGCUGCUCUACUGCUUCCUCGGCGUGGCCAUCAUCGCCGACAUCUUCAUGGGCUCCAUUGAAAAGAUCACCAGCAAAACGAGAAAGGUGUACCUCACGUCAGAGAAGGAGGAUGAGCCGGAAAUCAUUGAGGUGAGAAUUUGGAGUGACGCCGUAGCCAACCUUACCCUGAUGGCCCUGGGCUCCUCCGCUCCUGAGAUCCUUUUGUCCAUCAUUGAGAUCAUUGGACUCAACUUCGAUUCGGGAGAGCUCGGCCCUGGCACCAUCGUCGGCUCGGCGGCCUUCAACCUCUUCGUCAUCAGCGCCGUGUGUGUCAUGUUUAUUCCCAAGGGCGAGAUCCGAAGGAUUAAGGACAUAAAGGUGUUUGCGGUGACAGCGGUGUUCUCGGUGGUGGCGUACCUGUGGCUGCUCAUCAUCGUGGUGGUGGUGUCCCCGGGCGAGGUGGAGAUAUGGGAGGCGGUGGUGACGCUCGUCCUCUUCCCCGCCCUGGUGCUACUCGCGUGGCUGGCAGAAAAGAAUUUCUUUGGCGUCCCCAACAAGACGGAUACGAGUAAACAGAUUGAACUUGGCAAUUUCCAGCCAGGUGAGAGCGUGGCGGUAGAGGAAGGCGUAGCGGCCCGCUGUCUGGCGUGUCUGGGUCUGAGGGCGCCCGGCAGCAGCCAGGUGGUUCCCGCGGACAAAUUCUUGCGGGAGAAGCAGUACUUCCGUGACGGGCGUCUUGAUCGCGAGGGGCUGGUGGCGUUCAUCAAGGAGGUUAAGAACUACCCGGGGCUCACCGAUGAGGAUGCUGCCGUGCUGGCCGCCUCCAAGUUGGUGGAGUCCCAGAGCCACUCAAGGAUGUGGUACCGUGUUGGUGCCGUCAGAAGCAUGACUGGUGGACGCAAAACACAGCCACAGAUUUCCUACAAGCUCAAGGAGCGUUCUAAGGACAGGCUGAAAACGCUGAUCAUGCUUGAAGAUGGGACCAACCAGGGUGUUGACAAUUACCUGCACAAUGUCUACAAUGCCAUGAAUGAACACCCUGAAGCACCUACUGUUGGGGAGGUUCCUAAGGUGAUGCCACACAAAAAUGCCAUUAUUGACUUCCAUUCAGCAUCUUGUGCUGUCAUGGAGAACAUUGGUAAAUUCCAAGUUUCCAUUUGUCGCUCUGGCAAGACAGACAGCAGAGUCUCCGUCAGGGUGGAGACCAUUGAUGGAACAGCAACUGUGGAUCAAGAUUAUGUUCCCAUCAACGAGAUCAUUACAUUUGAAUCUGGAGAGACUGAGAAAUUUAUUGAUGUAGAGAUUAUCAAUGACAACCAGUGGGAACCAGAUGAGGAGUUCUUCCUCAAGAUCUCCCUCCUAAUGGAUCAGGAGCAGCGUGAGGGAGUACAGCUUGGGCGCAUUUCCAUCAUGGAAAUAACAAUUCUGAAUGAUGAUGAACCUGGAUUGGUAAUGUUCCAGAAGCGAGGUUUCCUUGUGAAGGAAAGCAUUGGAAGUGCUGUCAUUCCUGUUGUACGUAAGAAUGGUGCUGAUGGAGAAAUAACUGUGAAAUGGCGCACCAUUGAUAAGUCAGCAUUGUCUGGCCGUGACUUUAAGGGUGGUGAAGGUGAAUUGACCUUCAAGCAUACAGAGACACUGCAAAACAUUGAGAUCCCCAUCAUCGAUGACAUGACACCAGAGAAAGAUGAACACUUUGAGAUUGAACUUUUUGACCCUGAGGGUGGAGCAAAACUUGGACAGAUCAAUCGUACCGCUGUAACCAUAACCAAUGAUGAUGAUUUCAACAAUGUAUUGACCAACAUGAUGAGGAUGACCAAUGCAAAUGUACACGCUCUGCAAGUCCACCAUGAGACCUAUGUCAGCCAGAUCAAGGAUGCUCUGAAUGUUAAUGGUGGGGACAUUGAAAAUGCAACAGGGAUGGACUAUGUCCUUCACUUCCUGACUUUUGGCUGGAAGAUUAUUUUUGCCCUAGUACCACCACCCAGCAUCCUCGGCGGGUGGCUGUGCUUCUUUGUUUCACUGGGGGUCAUUGGCCUCCUAACAGCCAUUGUGGGAGACUUGGCAUCAAUCUUUGGUUGUCUUGUUGGGUUGAAGGAUGCAGUUACUGCCAUUACCUUUGUUGCUCUGGGAACCUCUCUGCCAGACACCUUUGCCUCGAAGACAGCAGCAGUACAAGAGAAACAUGCUGACAAUGCCAUUGGGAAUGUGACAGGAAGCAACUCUGUCAACGUGUUUCUUGGUCUGGGGCUGCCAUGGUUUAUUGCUGCUGUCGUAAAUUUCGUCAGGGCAAAACCUUUCCUUGUCGCCAAGGGGAAUCUUGGCUUCAGUGUCGGGCUCUUCACUGGCCUCUCUGUCUUGACCAUUGGAAUUCUCAUGGCCCGAAGGGUCCUUGCUGUGUUUGGGAAGGCAGAGCUUGGAGGCCCACCAGUCCCUAGGUACUUGUCAGGUGCUGUCAUGAUUUGCCUCUGGUUGAUCUAUGUGCUCUUCUCCUCUUUCCAAACAUAUGGAUAUUUUGACAGUGUGGAAAAAGUAUAAAUAUAUUCCCAAGGAGUUUGCAUUUGUACAUGUGUAUGUGUGUGUGUGUGUGUGUGUGUUGCAAGAUGACUUUUCUCCACUGCAAAUAGCAAAGAUGAGUUACUUGUGAUGUGCAUAAUGCUCCGUGAAGAAUUUUUUCCCAUUAAUAUACGAAGGUGAGACUGUAAUAUAUUACUUCCAUUUCAUCUUUUCAAUCCAUCAAGUUUUCCUACUCUUGUGAUAGUGUGUGUGUGUGUGUGUGUGUGUGUGUGUGUGUGUGUGUGUUUCAGUCUAGGUACUCUUAUAAGGUAUAGGGAUGUGCAGUAACUAACCUUAGUGGAAAAAAGGACUAUGCUGCUCUAUAGAUGUCUUUAUUAGGUACUUAAGUGAUAUAUCAGGUUAUAUGUCUCCCAUGUCUCUUCUGUUAGAUUAUUAUCUAGUCCUUAUGAGCACAAAAGGUAGUUUUCUCUAUUAAUUUUCCUUAAAUUUUAGUUUAAUUUAUAGUUCUAAGACUUUUACAAAUGUUUGUUUCCAAUAUCUUUAUGUAAAUUAAACCUUUUGCGCAUGGAAUGAGAUGAAAAAUUGUUAUAUCAUGUUACAAUACUGAAAUUUGCAUUAUGCACAUGGAAUGAAAUGAAAAAUUGUAACAUUACUGCUAUUUCCUUUAUUACUCAUGUCUCAGCAUCCCAUAAAUUAUGUAUCUUACAGAUUGAUGCUCUUCAUCCUAAAGGUCAUCUUAUUGUUAGCAAAGUAUUUUAUUAAAGAAUUUUUUGUUUUUAGAUUGAGUAUACUCUUCUGAGCUUGGCAUUUAUUGUUGCCUUUUAAUGCCACUGGUCUGCCUUAGGUACAGCCUAUGUUGUGAUGGCAUUUAUGGAGUUCAGGGUUUGCCUUUCACCUAUUUUAUCUUGAUGAGUAGCAUACAUUAUGAAUACUUUUUAAUACUAUGUAGAGUUCCGUGAACUAGUUAAGAAUUCAGUAAUCAGAUUUUAACUUUAGGGCUGUGGCAAAUACACUGGCUGUCUAGCUGCAUUCCCAGUUAAGGAACAAUUAUUACAUAAAGUCUGAGGGUUUGACAGGUGGCCAUCUAUGCCAGGUAAGGGGUUCUAUUUUGAUGCUAGACUCUUAUAGCACUGAAAACUAAUUAGAGAAAAGUCAAGGAUUUAUUCUGUUGGAAGAUAUAGAAAUGACUGAUAUCAGUCAAGCCAUGAUCAUGUUCACACCUCUAUGACUUUUGCGGGUGUUACAUUUGCUAGCCCACUACACUACCUUUGACUCCCCUGCAAUCAUUCUCUUAGGAGUGAUGGGGUGGUACAAUUGGGCAUAUCUAAUAUCUUAUGGGUUUCUGGCUCCCUCCACACCUCUCAUUAUUUAUUUUGCUGGUCUUUUCUGUGUAUUUCCUUCUUUUCUUUUAGUUUACCGUAUUGAAGAAUAGUCACAUCAUUGGGUACCAGUGUAAUGUGAGUUGUGUGGAACUAUGUGAAGUUGAUCAGGGAUCACCUAACAGAAAAUCAAAGUCAAUAAUGUGACUCCUCAAGCCAUAAAGUGGAGUAUCUGCAGUUUUUUGUUUCUUAGAUUAUUACUUGUAUCCCUGACUUCACAUUAGUCUUUUUAUUUUAAUCCAUUAACCCUCUCGCGCAUGAUGACGCGAAACUCGUUAUAAAAGUUCAGAAAAUUUAUUAAAAAUAAAGUUUUCAGUGAAAGUGCGUCAAAUUUGGGAGCGUCAUUUGUUGGGGUAAGUUUCUCAAUGGUAACAUAUGGUAACCUUUCUAAGGAGCAUAGAUGAGGAGCUUUGAGCGAUUUUUAUUUGUUAGCCUACUCUGACGGGAGAGGAAAAAAAUAGUUUUCUCGGUGUAACUCGGGAACUAAUAGGCGUAUGAGGAUUUUGAGGGUACCAUAAGAAUCCUCACUAAAUUCCGCUUCAAAACAUAUAUUUGGGUAAAAAAGUUGGCCCACAAAAUUUCGAGCUAGCAAGUGGGGAAGAGUUGAUACUUCAGAUUUAUUGUCUACAAUACUCUGAGUCUAUACGGAGACUUGAAACAAGUUUGUAUUGUUUGUAUAUAUAUUUUCCUCUAUUUUUAUUUGCGCAUGUUCUAGUACAAGUCUUUAUGAAGACACUGAUACCAAAUUUAUUGGGGUACGAUAUAUCUGUGAGGAUAAAAUACGUCCGGGAAUGUAGAGUAUCGCGCCGUCAAAAAAAGGGCCGGUUGGGCCUGAAAAAUGCAUGGUGAGUGGAGCAGAAACUUAUUGGAAACUUACGGUGCGCGAGAGGGUUAAUUCUCCAGUACAGAAGCAACACUUAAACUGUCAAAGUGGUAAUGAUAAAGACCAAGAUAGUGGCUGCUUGAUGAUGACUAUGAAUUGAUGAGAUCCUAACAUGUUCAGUGUUAAGUUAUUGUGUUGACUUUAACCAAUUAAGGUAGUUAUUCUUUUUUAAUCUUUUUAUAAUUGUGGUGGAUGAUUUUAUUUGUGUCAUCCAGCAACAGGUGCAUCUAUUUGUAUGCAUUUUCAGCUCUUAAUUAUUGAGGAAGAGAAAUUAAGUGUAAUUAUUAUAUUUUUAUUGAAUCACUUUAUUGCUUUGUCUCCUUUUAAAUUUUAAAAGAUAUUUUAAGUGAUAGACAUGAAAUUCAUUUUUUAGAAGUAAUUUUUUACUCUAAUUAUGAAAUAAUUUAAAGUAGCUAUACCUUCCAUUUGAGCUUUCAAACAUGAAUUUAAUAAAUUGUGGUUGGUCAUUGGAUAGGAUGGGUUGAGAAGAAGGGCAUAAAACAGAAUCAAAAGUGAAUAUGGUGAGCGUAAAAUAACAAACACAUAUAACACAAUAUUUUAAGAUAUGUUUGAGAGGAAUGAAGGACAGAAAAAUUGGAGUGUGCAGUAACAUGGUAAGGAUAUAUAUAUAAUAGAGUUUUACCUGCCUGGCAACCCUUUUGAAGGAAAUGUGAAGAACCAAAAUGAGAGUAGAAAAAUAAUACCUGACCUAUUCAAUUUUUCUUCUUUUUUUUAGGUAGGGAAUUAAGAAACCUUGAAAGUUUAUAAUACACUUAACUCUGCUAUGGAUAAAUUUUGCAUAAUUUUGACCAGUUAUGAUUUUAAUGUAUAUUAUGAACAUUGUUGCAUUAGGAGAUAAAGAAAUAGGAUAUCUCAAGAGAUGCUAAACCCUCAAUAGAAAAUACAUUACUAAAAAGAUAAUUAGUUCUUACGAUCUAAUGAGUUAUUUUCAGUUUUCAGCCUAUUAAGCCUAACAUUUUUCCAGUAUGUUUUUUUCAUCAGAUUUCAAUCAUAGCUGUUAGUCUUGUUUACUCCUGAUUACAACUUCACCAGCCAAAUAUUGCUGCAUGAAAAUAUCAGGAACACAGGUACAUCAGUAUUAAAGCACAGAGAUGCCUCCAUCCCUCCUUGAAGUUGCUGUGCUGAAUGAUUGUGAAUAUGAAGUCUUGCAUAGAGGUGUUGGAAACUUGUGUGAUUUUCUGUUGCCACCAGGUGUGUGCAGCUGAUGGUGACUAUGUACUUCUUCAACUUUGUGACAAUGAAUAAACAAGUUAAUUUUA